UGGAAGAAGUGAGUGCAACUAAUAUUCAGGUAGCACUAACGUUGGGAAUAGAAAAUCGAUUUGUACCAUUACAAUUGUAUUAUAUAACGUUGGUUUUAUAUUAAUGAUAAAAUCGCAAUACGUCGACACUAAAUAUAGGGUCAGGUUAACUUCAUAGUGCUUAGCGCAAGCCAAUUAGCUAUCUGACCACGUACUGAAUUUAAACAUGAUGCGCAAAAAGAGACGUUCUUCGAUGGACAAAACAUGUGAAAGCGCUCCACCGUCAGACGUGUCCAAAUCGAAGAAGAGUAGAUCCGCCGCACGCAUCAGCAAACCCACAGUGCAAGAAGCCGCGGCGGAUAAUGUGUUCGCUCAGCUCCUGCAGGGGGCUGGAGUCACCUUGAGACGGGGUAGUACACCCAACGAGAUAACUGUGGACCAAGUGGUGUUUCAGAGAAGACUACAACAGCACCUGAAAAAACAUCCCCAAUACCCCCAUGUAAUCCAGGAGUUUAUCAGAGGGCUGGAGUCUCACACUGAAGACCAGGAGAACUUCAGGAACUGUCUGCUGCCAUGUGUCCCCCCAUCGUUGGAUCAGGAGUCCAACUCUGCUGGCUCAUAUCAGGAGAGCCUGAUACGCCUUCUGCUGGGAGUGGAGAUGCUGCAGGCUCCCGUCAUAAACACCUUGUUUGAGAAGCUGCCUGAGUUCAUGUUUGACGGUGCAAACGAUGGGCUGAAUGUUCCUCGUAUUAUAAUGAACCAGCUGAAGUGGUUAGAUAGAGUCAUCAAUAGCACGGAUUUGGCAGGGAAGCUGAUGCAGCUGGUUGCCGUGGCGCCAGUGGAGAUCCAGCGUGACAUCAUCACCAGCCUGCCGGAGAUCCUGGAGGACUCUCAGCACAGCGACAUCGCCAAAGAGCUGAAUUCCCUGCUGCAGCAGCACACCCAGCUGACCGUGCCUGUCCUGGAUGCCCUCUCCAGCCUCAGCCUCAGCUCUAGCUUGUUAGCAGAGGUCCGCGGUGCCAUCAUGUCCACUCUCUCCGCUGUGCAGCUGGAGGAUCUCCCCGUCAUGGUCAAGUUCAUCCUGCACAGCAUCUCUGCCUCAGAUGCCAGCGAGGUGGUGAGUGACCUGCGUAAGAAGCUGGAGCUGGAGUUGUGUGUGCUGCCCUCGGUGCUGCAGGCUUCCCAGAGCCGCCUGAAGAGCAAGGGCCCGACAGGGUCCUCCACUGUCCCAUUAGCCACUAGUAGCCUGGACUGCAUCAGUCUGGUCAUGGACGUAAUCAAGUCUGCAGUGCGGUUCCAGAAGACCAUAUCAGAGGCUUGGCUGAAGGCCAUUGAGAGCCUUGAUGAACCAGAAAAUCACAAGGUCAUUGAUCUCUUGGUGCUGUUCAUCCUGCACUCCACUAACACCAACAACAGCCGGCGUGGGGCGGAGAGGGUCCUGCGGGUGAAGGUUCGAGGAGGACUCAUUCGAGAGGCUCUGCUGCAGAGAACCUUCCGGAGCCAUGCCCAGGUGAUGCGGAGCUACUUUCCCUCCAUCCUGGCCCUGGCGCAGAGCCUCCUGCGCUCCCUGGACCCCUGUGUGGUGCCCUUUGGAGGACACAUGUACAAACACGCCUUCACCACCUUCGACUCCUACUGCCAGCAGGAGGUGGUGGGCUCCCUGGUCACACAUGUGUGCAGUGGCGUGAGCGGGGAGGUGGACGUGGCCCUGGAGCUGCUGUGUGAGCUGGUGACUCAGAGGCCGGCCGACAUGGCGCGCUACGCCAUCUUCGUGAAGGGCAUCCUGGACUACAUGGACAACCUGACGCCCCAGCAGAUCCGCAGGCUCUUCUACCUGCUCAGCUCCCUGGCCUUCGGACAGGACCAGCACAGCAGCCACAUACAGGAUGACAUACACAUGGUGCUCCGGAAGCAGCUGUCGAGCGCCGUGUCCAAGUACAAGCGCAUCGGCAUUAUCGGAGCUGUCAUGGUGGUGAGCAGCAUGGGCUGCUGCAGGGCUAAGUCUGAUGACUGUGGGAAGUCCCAGGGCGGGGGCCUGUCCAAGGAGACGUACAGACAAGUGACGUCCCUGUUGGAGCUGGUGCGGUCCUGCAGUGAGGUCUCUCCAGAAGCAGCCGCUCUGUACUAUGAUGAGCUGGCCAACCUGCUCCAGACCUGCCAGCUGGACCCCCUGGUUCAGGAGUGGAUAGGGAAGAGCGUACUUGAGAACUUCCAGGAUGACUUUGUGGUGGACCUGGGACCAGAGAUACCUGGCUCCUUCCCCUUCCCUGCCAAGGUCAUGUACAACCUGGACGAGGAGGAGAGUCAGGGAGGCAUCGUCAUCAACCUGCUGCCGCUGCUGGCUGAAGACGUCCGCCUGAAGGGGGAGCCGUGGAGUCAGCCCGAGAGCAAGGACAAGAAACGUGCGUCUCCUCUGUGUCUGGCCUCCUUCUUUCGGCUGCUGCGUCUGAGUGAGGAGCAGCAGCACCAGGGGGAUCUGGAGGAGAUCGACGCCCUGCUGGGCUGUCCCCUGAUUCUGCUGGACAUGGAUGUGGUGGAGAAAGCAGAGAGUCUGUCCAGGUCUGAGAGGGAGUUCUUGUGUUCGCUGCUCUUCAACACCAUCAACUGGUUCAGAGAGGUUGUGAACGCGUUCUGUCGGCAGAAGGACCCAGAGAUGAAGAUGAAGGUGUUGACUCGAUUACAGAACAUCACCUACCUUCAGACUGUACUGGAAAGAAGCCUGGCAGCAACACCCAAUUUCGUGCCUCCUCUGGCCAACUUUGACUGUGAGAGUGCAGAGGUGAUGGCUCCGCCUGCUUCCACAGCUCCGCCCAGGAAGGGAAAGAAAGAGUCGGCAGGGCGGAAGAGGAAAGCACGGGCCAGCAAGAACUCUUCUGAAGAGAGCUCCCAGCUGGAGGAGCGGGUGGAGCCAGAGGAGUCCCAGCAGGACCACCCGGAGAAGGAGAAGAAGGAGGAGGAGAAGGAGAAGAAGGAGGAGGCUAAGCCAGCUGUCAGUCUGGCUUCUUACCGCCCGUUCUUCCGGGAGCUGGACCUGGAGGUGCUGAACGUGCUGCGGUGUGGCCUGCUCACCCGCUCACUGCUGGACACCGAGCUCAACACCAAGGUUCGGGAGGAAGUGCAGCUUGGCCCUGCGGAGUUGGUGUUCCUGCUGGAGGACUUGCUUAGGAAACUUGAGUUCGGCUUGGCUGCUUCGCCUGCUAAGAGAGUCCCUUUUCUCAAGGGGAAGACAGACAGGAGCGUGGGCUUCUCUCACCUGCAGCAGAAGAGCUCCCUGGACCUUGCCACUCGCUGUGUGGAGCUGCUCCCCACCCUCUGCAGCCACCUGGAGAACUGCCACAACCACUUUCAGGCCCAGCUCACUGAGAACCACGGGGUGGUGGAUGCCACAGGGCUGGAUGUUGUCGAGCACCAGCUCAUGUCCUCCGCCUACCAGCUGCUGCUCCAGGUCCUGCUCUCCUGCUUCAGCUGGACGGGGUUCUCCCAGCAGGAGCACCGCGCCCUGCUGAAGAAGGCCCUGGGCGUGGUGGCUGUGCGGCUGAAGGAGGACGAGGCUGACCUGCCCUUGGACCAGCUCGUAAGACACAGCUGUGAUUACCUGCUGAACUUUAGGAGCACCUUGCCCAGCCUGGGCACAGCCCUCUGCCUCACCCACCUCCUCAUCGCCGUGUCAGCUCGGGACAACUCCAACCACACGGCCUACAGACAGGAAAUAGGUUCCCUCUGCCGACGCCUCCUGUGUCAGGAGUGGGUGACAGCCAGCGGAGAGAGAGAGAGGGGGGUCAAGUACAACGACACCCUGCAGUCCCUCCUCAGCAUUUACCUGGCCCAAACAGAAGAUGUCCUGAAGGCCAUCGAGGAGAUCGCUGGGGAGGGGGUUCCUGAGCUCAUGAACGCAUCCAAGGAUGGCUGGUCCAAAACCUUCCCCACACUCACAAGACAGACCUUCUUGGUGUUCUUCCGGGGGAUGAUGGCUGAGCUGGAGAAGUGUGUACGGAGGAUUCCCCUAGCCAGACAGAGCGAAAGCAAUGAGGAUCUUGUUGAGAAACUGCUGACCUGGAACCUGGCAGUGAGAGACUUCCACAUCCUGGUCAAUUUGGUCAAGGUGUUUGACAGCAGACCUGUGCUGACAGCAUGCCUGAAGUACGGUCGUCUCUUCCUGGAGGCCUUCCUUAAACUGGGCAUGCCGGUGCUGGACUUCAGUUUCAAGCAACACAAGGAGGAUGUCCAGAGCUUGCUGAAAACCUUCCAGCUUAGUACCCGACAGCUGCAUCACAUGUGUGGCCACUCAAAGAUCCGACAGGACACGGGCUUGACCAAUCACGUGCCUGCGCUGAAGAAGAGCCUGGAGCAGUUUGUGUACCGGGUGAAAGCCAUGCUCACGCUCAACCACUGCCAGGAGGCCUUCUGGCUGGGCAACCUCAAGAACCGCAACCUGAAGGGAGAGGAGAUCCUGUCCCAGAGGUCACAAGGGAGCGGUGAAGAUGGCGAGGGUGAGGAAGAGGCCUCACAGCUUCCAGAGGAGCAGUCUGAAGAUGAGGAGCAGGCGAAUGACUGUGACGCUAGGAAAAAUGGCCAUGAGGAGGAAGAGGAGAUUACGGAUGACUCGGAUUAAAAUGGCAGGCGGAAGCCCCAAUUUCCUCACCCCCGGCCUUGAAAAACACAAAUGUUUAUGAUGAUUCCUGCUGCUCCCCUGUGUCAAUAGCACCAGUUUAGGAGACAGUCCCCAUUUGUGCUAUCUACACACACGGAGAAAGGGUUCCUUCCCUGUAUUAACAGAUGGCUUGGCUCUCUGGGAAUGAGUUGCAAGUAAAAAAAAUAUUGAGAGACAAGGGAUACUGUCAAAGUCUAGACUUUAACUAGACUGGAGCCUUCUCAUUCACUUGCUGCAUUCCUCCAACUGGGGACAGGGGAAAAGGAAAUCAGUGUGAAAACAUAAUAUAUGCUUUGUUUGUAUUACUGAAAAAAACAACAUUUUCUAUAAGUUUCUUGUUAUAUUUUGCGUGUCUUUCUGAAUUAACCUUUAAGCAGUUGUGAUUUUUGUUCUUUUUUUUUCCCCCAAUGUAAAGGUUUUAGUUGUACACUACUUGCAAAUAAUUAUAAAUGUGUAAUAUUCUACUACAA